AUGUCAUCGUGGUUAUUUGGAAAAGUUGGCGGCAAUGUCGAAAAGAAAGAGGAGCAAAAGGAUGAUAAACUUGGGUUUGAUUCUUCGCAACUUACGGAUAUCUCUACACUAAUCUCUGCUCCUGGUGCUCUUGAUCCAGCACGUCUACAUCCUUUGGCUGGUCUAGAGAGAGGUGUUGAGUAUUUAGACCUGGAAGAAGAGCAACUUUCGACCAUGGAAGGUUCCCAAGGUUUGAUUCCUUCCCGUGGUUGGACAGACGAUCUUUGUUAUGGUACAGGUGCUGUGUACUUGAUUGCUCUAGGUAUUGGUGGUGUCUCCGGUUUCAUUCAAGGUGUCAAAAACAUUCCUCCAAACUCUCCAGGUAAAUUACAAUUGAAUACAAUUCUGAACCAUGUCACAAAGAGAGGUCCUUUCUUGGGUAACAACGCAGGUGUGCUAGCAUUGUCAUACAACUUGAUUAACUCAUCUAUCGAUGCAUUUAGAGGAAAGCACGACACACCAGGUUCUAUUGUUGCUGGUGCUUUAACUGGUGCUUUGUUUAAGUCAUCCAAAGGUCUAAAACCAAUGGCUUACGCUUCUGCAAUCGUCGCUACUACAGCAGGUGCCUGGAGUGCCGCUAAGCAUAAGGUUCUAGAAUGA